AUGGGUGCAAGAAUCAGAAUUGGCUCGGGUACUUCCACAAAUGUUUUGCACACUCCUUGGCUCCCAACUGAGUCUCAGCCGUGUAUCACUUCUUCCCAUCCGAGCCUAACUAAUUGUAAGGUUAAUCAGCUCAUGAAAAUUGACCAAAGAGAAUGGGAUCAUGACAUAAUCUCAGAUCUCUUCAAUCCAAGAGAAGCUCAAAUAAUUCUUGGAAUUCCUCUUAGCAAUCAAGCUGUUGAAGAUGUUUGGUACUGGUGUAAAGAGGCUGUUGGUUUUUACUCUGUCAAGAGUGCUUACAGACAUAUUCAAGAGUCAAAAGGCCAUUGGGCAACUGAUGAAGGCUCUAAUUUCUGGAAAAAGUUUUGGAAAAUCAAAGUCCCACCAAAAGUUCUUCAUUUUGCUUGGAGAGCUUUAACCGAUUGUCUAGCCACUCGAGUUCAACUUCGGAUUAAACAUGUACCUGUAGAAGCUACCUGUGUAUUCUGCAAUGAUGUCCCUGAAACCACCUACCACCUGUUUAUUGAAUGUCCAUUCUCGGUUUCAUGCUGGAACAGAUCAGCCGUGUCUCUCUCCCCUUCAAAUUGCACCAGUUUUUUCGACUGGUUUGUUGCAAACUGGUCUCGGCAUGGUGGAGAUUAUAUAGCAGAAAUCCUAAUGGUCAGUUGGUCUAUAUGGAAAGCUCGCAACAAUCUCAUUUGGAAUAAUCGUGCUAGUUCUGCAGCUGAUGUAGUUUCUACAGCUCACCAAACUCUCGGACAAUGGCUUUCUGCACAAAGUCUGCGGUUUGAACCUAUACAUUUGAACUCCAAUUGCAACAGCAGCUGCGACUCCUGGACCAAACCAGCCGAAGGAAUGACCAAAAUUAAUGUCGAUGGAGCUACAUUUGACGCUACCAAUUCUUUUGGAACAGGUUUCAUUGCUCGUGACUCUAAUGGGGCUGUCAUUUUGGCUUUUUCUACCUACUCGAAUGGCUUCUCAAAUGCUCCUUUCGCUGAAAUAAUUAGCAUAAAAGAAGCCUUGAGUUGGAUAAAGGACUCAAACUUGACAAAUGUUGUGAUCGAGACGGACUGCCUUACUGCUGUUCAAGCUUUGCAAAGUCAAAUUGAUAUGCCUUCAAUGUUUGGAAUCGUUGUAAAAGAUUGUAAAGUUUUAUUGUCCUCUUUAUUUAAUGUAACUGUUUCUCAUGUUAAGCGAUCUGCUAACAAGGCUGCCCAUUGUUUGGCCCGUGGCUCUUGUUAUUGGUCUGAUAGUAGUUUUUCAGAGAGUACCCUUCCUAGUACUCUCAAAUCAAUUGUGAUUGCAGAUUUGAAUUAA